AGCUCGACCUUCUGCCCACCCUGGCGUGACGCCUUAGCACUUCAUCCACUCACGACUCACGAUCCGACCUUCUUGCAACACCACAAAACCCAUUGGGAGCUCGUCAUGGUUCUUCGAGAUCUGGACCAGCCUUCGGGGGGCUCUUCCACCAAUUCCCCAUCCACCAACAAUGAUGCGCCUGUAAAGAUUGGCCCCAUACCCUACUACGAUCCCCAAAUCCUACCCCAUCCCAUUCCUAUCCCAUUUUCAGGCUUCUCCGCGGAAGCUCUGCGUUUCUCAGCACAAAGGGCCUUACUCCGCACGCAAUUUCAAGCCGGACGUGAUCUGUCCAGGGAGGAGGCGCAAGCGCUCGCCUUACAUACAUAUUCGGCGGAGCAAGAAAGAUCGUACAUCACCUUCGGAGGCCUCGUCGCCGGCAUUUAUAGAUGGUAUAGCACGAUGGAAGAGAACAAAUACCCGAUGAUGAAGAAGUCAAACGUCAAUCCCAACAAAUUCAUGUUCAUGAAAGGACCAUUGGUCCCGUACGUUCGCCACGGCUGGCGGCUUGCUCUGUAUAUGUGGAUCGGACAAUCAAUUGGAGACGUGCUUGGCGCCCUCCGGUCAACUGCCUCCGUCCCAGCAGCUGUCAAGAAAGACUCGCGUCUUACACAAUUGUCCGAAGACGUGAAGGCUCACGUGCAGAGCGGAGAAGGAAAAUUAACCGUAAUGCACGACUUGGCCAUAGCAGCUGAAAUUCGAAGAAGAAUGGGCAAAGUGGGAUCUGGAACUAACAGCGCUGGAUGGGGUGGAGACGACAGUUCGCCCACGGGAAGCAGCAGCGAGGCCUGGCCAAGCUCUUCUUCGGACGGUUCAUGGAGCCAACACGCACACUCUCCCGACUCUAUGCCUGACCCUCGAUCUCUCCCUCCCAAGAGCGCUUCCAGUCAAUCCCCCCAGGCGUGGGGUCGAUCAACAUUCUCAUCGCAACAGUCCGACGAUGACGCCUCGCCAACCGGCGGCCUCUUCCAAGCCGAGACUGAGAAUCCCGCUUCUGCGCCGGAUACAUCGGGAUCGGCGUGGGAUCGGAUUCGUCGUGGAGGCACAGUGCCGCCUAUCCAGCCCCCGCCACGGCCGGGGAGGCCGCCGUAUCGGGCCCAGCGCGAACAAUCCACGAUUGGGGAUAGCUUUACGUUUGCCGGGUCGGAUGAGGAGAGGCAGAGAGGACAGGAGCAGGCACAGCGGGAGUUUGACGAGAGGCUGGAGAGGGAGAGGCAGGGCAAGGACUUUAGCGAUGAGAAUAGGAGAUGGUAG